ACUUGGUCGGGCGCUUGCCAAAUCAGUUGUCGUUGCCGUUGCCGUGAAUUUCGUACCUGUGUAUUUCCCUGUGUUCCCGGUUUUAUAUUUGGAACCAUUAUGCUACUGUUCCAGCUGAGUUCCGUGGCUUUGCUUAUCUGCCUGGCCAGCGGUGCCUCCAACUUCCCUCCCGAGUUGCCCCGCUGCAAAAUUGGUGACACCACCUGCAUUAUCAAUGUGUCCCACACGCUGGUGCGUCAGUAUGCCAAGACAGGCUAUCCGGCUGCAGGAUUCCCCCAGGUUGAGCCCUUCUUGGUCAAGCGAUUUGAUAUCUCCGACGGACGCAGUGGUUCACUGAAUCUCAAGCUGAACUUUAAGGAUGUGAAUGUGGAGGGUUUGUCGGGUGUGAAGUUCGAUAGAGCUGUUGGCUUUGGUCCCGAUCCCGCCACCAGCAAGUUCGAGAUGUAUGGCUCCUUUCCCAAGAUCGUUCUGCGCGGCAAGUACGUGGCUGAUGGCCGCAUCCUGAUCCUGCCCAUUCGUGGCGAUGGCGAUGCCGAGAUUAUCCUGCACAACCCCAAGUUCUCGGUGAAGUUCAAGCCGGGAACCCAGCAGCGCAAUGGACGCACUUUCCUGAGUGUGGACAAGCUGAAGGUGCUGGUGGAGCCACAAAAGAUGAACAUCCGUCUGGCGAAUCUUUUCAAUGGAGAUCAGGCACUGGGCGCCAAUCUGAACCAGUUCCUCAACGACAACUGGGUGGAGGUGUGGAGCGAGCUGCAUCCCUCGAUCCACGUGGCCAUUGCAGAGAUCAUGAAGACCAUCCUCACGCAGCUGUUCAAGCGGUUUGCCUACGAGGACCUCUUCCUGGAGAACUGAACGCCACACGUUUGGCUUUAGGCUAAGUGUACGAGUAUUUCCUCAUCGGCAUUUCAUAACCACACGGGGCGUUGCAUUCCGGCCAUUGACAUAACACAUAUCGUCCAUAUAUUUGCUAAGCUAAGCUUUA